GUUUCCGCCUAUGAUACAGACGCAGAGGAGAAUGGCACAGUACGUUUUCGGAUCCGCGCCGGAGAUCCCUUUGACCUUUUUCAAAUAAAUUCAGAAACAGGCGAGCUAUUAGUUGCCAAACCCUAUACUUCCGGGUUCCUUGGCAAUUACCUCCUCUUCAUUGAGGCCUCCGACUGCGGCAGUCCUUCACUGACCACUGAGGCAAAACUGCGAAUCAUCGUGGACGACUCGCCUCCCCUGGGUCAGGUGGAGCGUGACAUUUUCGGUUUCCCCCUGAGUCUCUUCUCCUCGGACGCGGCCGCCAGUCGUAGCAUGAAUCUCUACAUCAUCAUCGCCAUAAUUGUGGCCUCCUUCGUCAUCUCUACUGUCCUCCUGGUGGCCAUCUGUUUGGUCGUGAAGAGGGCACGACGCGACACUCGAUAUCAGCAAGUAAAUCAGGCCGGAGCCAUUUACAAUGGCGCAGUUGGCGCGGAUGGGAAUGGGUUUAUCAAGGCCAUUCCGAUACCGAUAACUACCAGCAGCUACACGCGCAGCGAUACUGUAGAGGAUGAAGAUCAAUCAGAAGCCCAGUACCACUUCCUGACAAGUCAAGUGGGUUCGGCCAACGGGUACCCCUUCGAUGACGGCAGUAAUUGCUUUCAACCCUCCUAUCGCACACACGACCGAGCAGACCUGAUGACACAAAAUAUGUGCCACUCCGUUCUCCACGAGCUUCCCAAGUUUGCGAUUAUGCCAAAUGGUCAGGUGGACAUGAACCCAGGCAUGAAGGUGACCCACCUUACUGCUCAAACGCUUGGUCGCUGCAGUGCACAAGGUCCCAAAAAGUUGCUGCUUGGCAGGGCUUCCGACGAGAGUCCUGUGAAUCGCGCUGAUAGACGGAUCAACUUUUUGCAUAGGUCUUUCAGCAUCCCCCUCUCCACCCAGCUUGCGGCAGUAUAA